UCAUGCUUUCAUACGUUCAAAUGAACGCCCGGAAGUUCUUGAUAUUGGCAUCCAAGAUAUGGACCUGCAUCUGCUACAUGUUCAACCGUCAGGUGAGAGCAUUUGUUCAGUACCAGCCCGUCAAGUACGAGCCCUUCCCGCUGUCGCCGGUGUCGCGCCACCGGCUGAGCAUGGUGCAGCGCAAGACGCUGGUGCUGGACCUGGACGAGACGCUGAUCCACUCGCACCACGACGCCGCGCCGCGCAACACCGUGAAGCCCGGCACGCCGCACGACUUCACCGUGAAGGUCACCAUCGACCGCCACCCGGUGCGCUUCUUCGUGCACAAGCGGCCGCACGUGGACUUCUUCCUGGACGUGGUGUCGCAGUGGUACGACAUCGUCGUGUUCACGGCCAGCAUGGAGAUCUACGGCACGGCCGUGGCGGACAAGCUGGACAACGGCCGCAACAUCCUCACGCGGCGCUACUACAGGCAGCACUGCACGCCGGACUUUGGCUCGUACACCAAAGAUCUCUCGGCGAUCUGCAACGACUUAAAUAGGAUAUUUAUAAUAGACAAUUCACCUGGCGCUUAUCGGUGCUUCCCAAACAACGCGAUCCCCAUCAAGUCGUGGUUCUGCGAUCCGAUGGACAUCGCGCUGCUGUCGCUUCUGCCGCUGCUGGACGCGCUCAGGUUCACCAACGACGUCCGGUCCGUGCUCUCGCGGAAUCUGCACCUGCAUCGCCUGUGGUGAUGAGACGGCCGCAGAAUUGCCUCGUUUUGCCCAUUUCGCACUUCAGAGUUGCGCUCAGAAGGUUCAGAACUCUUUUCGUACAUUUUUUGUAUGGUUUAUUCUUCUGUUUUAUUACUAAAUGGUGCUGUGACGCUUCGGUGUGGAGAGGAACAAGCGGAAAAUGCCACCAUGUAGUUUAAGUAAUUGAAGAGAGAGAGCAGGAACAUUUCUCGUGAAUUUUUGCAGUUUUAUUUCUAUAAAAAAAAUCUUGAAAUUGAUCCAGUGCAAGAUGAAGAAGUUGAAUUGUUUGAGUUUUGCUGGAGCCAAUUUUAUGCUGAAAACACAAUUUAGUUUUGAUAGAAGUGAAGAAAGUAUAAGAGGGAUCUUAAGAGAAUUUAAGUGAAGAAUAAGGAAUGAAACAUGUAAAUAUACGUUUUUAAAUUAAACUUUAAGAAUACAAUUAUUAGCUGUAUUAAAUUAUGUAGGAGAAAUCUUAUAUAAGAGAUGACAGAAAAAAUGUGUGGAGAAAAAGUAUUCUGCAAGGUAUAAAAGAAGGGGGAGAACUUUAAUUGCAUCCGAUCAGAAACAGAAUUUAAGAAGAAAUACUUGGAAUUUGAGGUGAGAAUUCUUAUUAAAUGAAAUUUUGUAAUAUUAAUUCUUGAAUUGUAAUGCGAAAGUAUACAAAUAAUUCAAUUUCAACCUAAUUUUCUUUCUCAGCAGCAAAUAAAAGUGUGAAUUGUUAAUAAUAAUAGAGAUGAAAAAAGGACAAAGACAAAGAGGAAUAAAAACACAUGUUUAAUUAUAGAAUCUGUGUGUCAUGGAAGAUUAUUUACUUGCGAUGAGAGAAAUCUUGAGGAAGUAGUGAAUAAAUUUCAUGGAAGCUCUGUACAAAGGAAGAAUCAACACAAUUUAGAUUUGUAAAAUCAUUCUAAGGAAUCAUUUAAGAAUGAAGGAAAAAAAAACAUGUUGAACAAAUAAAUCAAGUGUCAACGCA